CCUCCACUAUGUCAAUGGAAAACGAAGAACCCAUGGAAGCGAGUUCAUCAGAAAGCGAUGACGAUGAUAUGGAAGAAAGGGAAGAAGAAGGCGAAGAAAAUGAUGAUCGUCCAAAAACAUUCCUUCCAGGUCAAGAAUUAAAAGAAGACGAACAUCUUGUGUGCGACCAAUCGGCGUAUGUUAUGUUGCAUCAAGCCCAGACUGGAGCUCCUUGUUUAAGCUUCGAUAUUAUACAAGAUAAUCUGGGGAAUAAUCGACAACAAUUUCCGAUGACAGCGUACCUUGUAGCCGGCACGCAAGCAUCAAGCGCACAUUUGAAUAAUAUUUUAGUAUUCAAAAUGUCAAACUUACAUCAAACUUCAAAACCAGAAAAUGAAGAGGAAUCAGAAAGUGAGGAUGAUGAUGACGAUGAUGAUGAUGAAGAUGAGGAAAAAAAACCUGAAAUGACAUUUGCAAUCAUUAAACAUCAAGGCUGUGUAAAUAGAAUAAGAACAACAAACUUUAAAAACUCAGUAUUAGCAGCCAGCUGGUCUGAGUUAGGAAGAGUUGAUGUUUGGAAUAUAACACAACAAUUGCAAGCUGUGGACGAGCCAGCACUAUUAGAACGAUACAACCUUGAUACUGUUACUAAUCCAGCUAAGCCUUUAUAUUCUUUUAAUGGCCAUCAGCAAGAAGGCUUUGGUAUGGAUUGGUGUCCAACUGAACCUGGUGUCUUAGCAACAGGUGAUUGUAGAAGAGAUAUUCACAUAUGGAAACCAAAUGAAGCAGGUACUUGGACAGUGGACCAAAGGCCUUUAGUUGGACACACCAGCUCAGUUGAAGAUAUACAAUGGUCUCCUAAUGAAAGAAAUGUAUUAGCAACAUGUUCAGUUGACAAAACAAUAAGAAUUUGGGACACAAGAGCUGCACCACAAAAGGCCUGCAUGUUGACUAAAGAAAAUGCACAUCAAAAUGAUAUUAAUGUAAUAUCAUGGAAUUGUAAUGAACCAUUUAUAGCAAGUGGUGGUGACGAUGGAUUCCUUCAUAUAUGGGACUUGAGACAGUUUACCAAUGCAGCAGUGGGAACAUUUAAACACCAUACAGCACCAAUCACAUCAGUUGAAUGGCAUUGGACCGAGCCUAGUGUACUUGCAUCUGCUGGGGAAGACAACCAGGUCGCUCUUUGGGACUUAGCUGUUGAAAGGGAUGAUGAAGAAAUUGUUGAUGACGAAUUAAAGAACCUUCCACCACAGCUGUUGUUCAUUCAUCAAGGACAAACAGAUAUUAAAGAACUGCAUUGGCAUAAACAAAUUCCUGGUGUGAUGGUGACAACAGCACACACUGGAUUUAAUAUAUUCAAAACUAUAAGUGUAUGAAAUAAAAAAUAUCAAAAAUCAUAAAA